UGUACAACUUUUGAUGUGCGCAAAUCACCAAAAUUACGUGUGUUCAUUGCAAUUACAGCAGUUCUCCUUCCUUACUUGAUGGUACAGAUCAACAUUCUGUCUUGCAGUGGAGGGCAUGGGAUGUCCUUCCUUGAGUCACUUAGCCUUAUGAAUAUAGAUGAGCAUCUGACCUGCAGUGACCCUAACUACAUCAUCAUCAGUGGCAUCCUCUGCUUCUUCAUUUUAGCCCUCUUCAUUAAGAUCAACCCUCUGCUGAAAAUUAUCUUCAUGUUUGUCAUCUCCAUGGGUCAUGUUUUAGUCAUGGAGCUGACUCAUAAAAGCUUGUUUGCCAAAUUUGACAGCACUGUUCAUUCUUUCAUACCAACUGAUGUGUAUGGUAUUCUGGCAUUUGUUAUGUUUCUGCUGGGGUUUUCACUGCAAAAUAGAGAACAGGAAUGGACUCUUCGACUAGAUUACUUGUGGAAAUCUCAGGCAGCCGAAGAAAAAGCAGGAAUGCAAGAACUGCAGAGACAGAACUCACGUAUUCUCUGCAACCUUUUACCAGAGCAUGUGGCCAACCAUUUUCUGAAUCUUCAGAGCACCAAUCACAUGGAAUUAUACAGCCAACAGUAUAACAAGGUGGCUGUAUUUUUUGCAUCGAUUCCCAACUUUUCAGACUUCUAUGUGGAGCUUGCAGCCAACAACCAGGGAGUUGAGUGCCUCAGAGUUCUGAAUGAAAUUAUUGCUGAUUUUGAUGAGCUACUGGACAUGCCAUAUUUUUAUGGUGUGGAGAAAAUUAAAACUAUCGGGAGUUGUUAUAUGGCAGCAACAGGCCUGAAGCCUACACAUCUAGUCAAGGGUUGGGAAGACUCUGUAGCCUUUUAUCUGACAAUGGUUGUGGAUUUUGUCAUGGCAAUGAAGGAGAAGCUCAGAAAUAUAAAUGAGAAUUCCUACAAUAAUUUUGAACUUAGAGUGGGAAUCAAUGUGGGGCCUGUGGUGGCAGGUGUAAUUGGGGCACGGAAACCACAGUAUGACAUAUGGGGUAACACAGUUAAUGUUGCUAGUCGUAUGGAGAGUACUGGAGUACCAGGCAAAAUUCAGGUGACUGAAGAAGUUUACUCAAUUCUAAAGAAUGUGUUCACUUUUGAGUGUCGUGGGAAGGUCCAAGUCAAAGGGAAAGGAGACAUGAUCACUUAUUUUCUAAAAGAUCGAAUUGCACCUAGAGACCCCAACUGUAUUCUUCCUCCUGACACACCACCAAACAGCCCACAUGCAAGUGGAACUCCAGACUGCAGGUUUGUGAAAAUGUUGCUCAUAACAGUGUGUAACAGUAGGUACUUAAGAUCCGUGUUCUUCAACCCGUGGACUGCAGAAAAAGUCUAG